AUGUUACUUUUAAUUGCCAUCAUUAUUUUCUUUGGAUCCGGAAGAGGCGAAGAAUAUCUGAAGAAACAAAAGAACCACACUUUUGUUGUAGGAGGACUAUUCUGUCCUUAUGAGCACUCGGAGGUAAUCAAUUCAUCAUGGAUAUAUGGAGAACCAUUUGAAAGAUGCAAAGAUUUUCACAUUGCAUUCUUUUUAUCCUCUGCUGCAGCGCGAUUUGCUGUUGAAGAAAUCAACAGUAGCUCGAACCUUUCAACUGAGAUUAUUUAUGUCGAAAGACAGUAUUGCAGUUCUCCAGUAGCCAGUGCGGAACGAAUGCUCAACCUUACGAAUAGUGCAAAUCCCAAGGUGAUAGUGGUAGGUGCGACUUCAGAAAACUUUAUUCGAAUCGGACAUCUAUCAUCUCUUUAUAAUAUACCGACGAUUGCUGCGUACUCCACCAGCGAUACGUUUUUUAAGCAGAAGAAAGACUACCGCACUACUUUUCGCACUAUACCUAGCGACCGUCACCAGAUUAAAGCUUUGGUGGAAUUGUCUUCGUAUUUUGACUGGAAAUGGAUCGGAAUUGUGGCAGUUGAUGACGAUUAUGGUCAAAAUGGCCUCCGGGGAAUCGUGGAAGAAGCCCGAUACCGAAAUAUAUGUGUUGCCUUCCACGUUUACAUACAAACAAAUAGGUAUAACUAUAGUGAAAAUGUUGAGCGGUUUUUUAAAAUAAUGAACCACACAAACAAUAUAGAAGUAGUAUACUUCUAUACAUCAUCCGUUAUAAAUCUCCACGAAUUUUUCAGCAUAGCAGAUGAGCUUAGGAUCAGACCCUGUGUGUGGAUUGCAUCGGAGGGUUGGGCGGAUCGAGCUGCUGAGUUCUAUAAAUACAAUGUAGUUGCUUCUAUAAUAGGAGUUGACGUUAAAAAUCACCGUAUACAUAGACUGCUUAGGUAUAAAUCUGUAUGCGAUGCCGUUGAACGAAAUAACUCCACAUUAUCUAGUCAUGAUUUUCAGGAAUGGUUAUGCAAAGAAAUACUAAAGCUGAACGAGUCUUGUGAUUUGUGUUCACAAAAAUAUGUGAAUGAGCUUAGUAAUUUUGAUAUAAAUGAAUGGUUAGAACCUAAAAUGGACUACGUCACAUAUACUACAUAUUUAGCUAUACAGGCAAUCGCUAGAGCAUUGCAAGAUGUUGAAUCUUGCACAAAAAACAUUUCCAUAUUAGAAGAUGGCUGUCCAAAAAUUAACGAGCUAUACCCGUGGCAAUUAAUGGGCUAUCUUCAGAAUGCAAAUUUCACUGACAAUAAUGGAAGUUUCUAUCAAUUUACUGAGAACUGUGACGUCAGACCCUCUUAUAUAUAUCGAAAUACCCAUAUAAAUAAUGAAGGAGAAACUGAAGAUGUUACUGUAGGCUUCUACAAAACUAAUAGCAGUGGUGAACCUAUUUUUUAUAUCAACGGCACCGCAAUAAGGUGGAAUCGUACUGGCGGAAAGGUACCGAAGGGACGCUGUAGUCCAGAUUGUCCACCUGGAGGCAGGACGAGAUAUGCCGGUGGACAAACGUGCUGUUUUAUAUGUCUCCGGUGUCCUCCUAAGACCAAAUCUACAAAAAUUAAUUCGUCGGAAUGUGUUGAUUGCUCACAUGAAACAUACUCAAACGAUGCGAACACGCAAUGUUUGCCAAAGGUUCCGGAUAUCUUUGACUACAAUAGCAACACUGCCGUAGCCUUAAGUGUACUCUGCAUCUUUGGUAGUACAGCAUCGGUGGCGUCGGGACUGAUGUUUUACUGGAAAAGAGACACACCGUUGGGCUUCAUGUAA